AUGGUCAAGUUUACUCUGCAAAAGAAGGCAAGAUAUGCAACCAGCCAAAGCAGUGAAUCACCUACUAGGGCAGGAUCUUUGAGCAUCCAGGAACCCAAUUUAGUCCAGGGUAAUGAUGCUGACCUAUAUUGCUACAUGGAUGAUGCAUCACCACCAAGGACAUCAAGAAUUCCAAAAAGCCAGAACAGUUAUCUGGAAGAGUGGCUGCCCUAUAAGAGUGGAUACCUGUCUGUGCUCCUGGACAUGGAGGCCCCACCCAAUGUCAUGGCUUGUUUUCAACACAAACUCAGACUGUUCCAUUGGGUACAAAAAUGGAAUGGAAGAUUCUUUGAAGACUUCACUCUAUGGCUGGUUGGUUUGGUGCUACACUUGGGCCAUGCUGGAGCACCAUGCCUGGCAGGAGAAGGUUCUUGGGAGGAUGCUGCCAGCCAUGUAGAUGAAGAGUGGGAGGACAUUGAGGAGAUUGUGGACACUGGCAGCAUGCACUUUUGCAAUGUGCAGUAUUGCAAUUGCCCUGGGUCUGAGGAUUCACAUCUUCAGCUUACCAUGGCCAGCCUAUUCCUGGCUACAACUAAGGCACAAAGGAUGGCUUUCACUUUCCAGGUGCUGGAUGACUUCAUCAGGGACAAUGUUGAAUGUGGAACCUCUGCUAUGAACUAUUAUAGCAAACUUCAGAGAGUCACCUCAAGCAUGUUUCCUCACCUAGUGCUGGGAUUCCAUCAACAGUUGCCUGAUCCCCAGGCCAGUGAACUUGUCCUCUUCUGCCCUGCCUGUCCCCAGCCAGGGAUCAAUGUACCAGAUCAGGAUAUUGAUCUCUCUGACUGGUGGUUUGCUAGGACCUUUGUGAUGGAUGGCAACUUCAAGGCCAAGCAUAUGCUGCCCAAGAAUGCUGCUGAAGAGGUCUGGCUCAUGGAUGGAAAUGGCUUCAUGGUCACAUCAGCUCCAUACAAGGAAUAUUUGACUGGGACCAUAAAUUGA